GGCCUGCCUGCCCCCAAGUUGGUCCUGGAUGCAGUGUAUCCGCCCCUCUUCCUCCUCCGGCCGGCCAUCCGAGAUUUGAAGCCGCUGCCUCCGAACCCCACUGAUAAAAUUGGCCACCCGUCGUCCUCCCUGUCCGUCAUCAUGCUCCCUCGCCGUUUCCAUCCCCAUCCAUCCCCCCCGGCAGCAGGAGCGGCAGCGUCGCCAGAAAGGGGGAUAUCUACUUCGCCAUCGACCGGAUCCCCUCUGCUCGCCUCCCUUUUCUCCGCUCUGCGUCCCCGUGGUUGCGGGAUCGAAGGCUCUUGCUGGGUUUCUUGGAGUGGUAGGCUGUACUGUUGAGAUCAUCUUUCUUGGAGAAGAGGGGGACGUUCUUGAAGUGAAGGAGCAAGAAAGGGAGGGGCUUUGGGGGUGGAGGUGGAUGAACAGUUCUGACGGAGGGGGCCAAUGCCCAGUUCAGGAUUGAAGGUAUUCUCACUUCAGGUUACAAGCAAUUCAGUCACAGAGGAACAGAUCUGAUUACACAACAACAUUCAGAAACCACAAAAAAACCCCCAACUUUGUCAGUUCUUGGAGCUCGCUUUCAGCGAUCUGCAUACACAGCGGCAACAGAAUGGCGAGCCGGUCUGGCGCGAUGGAUGAAAUAGGCACUAGCAGGCAGAGGAGGAGCCCAGAGUUGGUCAGAAGACCAAACGCCGCGAAGCGCCACCUGCAGCAGCAGCAGCGGCAGCAGGAGGCGGAUUUCAACGACAGGAAGGUCAUCGCGUCGACUUACUUCAGCAUCGGAGCCUUCCUCGUGCUCGCCUGCCUCACCGUGUCAUUGCUGAUACUGCCACUGGUGCUGCCGCCGUUGCCGCCGCCGCCGUCGCUGCUGCUAUGGCUGCCAGUCGCCCUGCUCAUCCUGCUGAUUGUGCUGGCCUUCAUGCCAACUGAUGUGAAGAGCAUGGCGUCCUCUUACUUGUAAAUAGGCCCACUGGCCCUGGGCCCUCUUGUUUUGGGUAUUUCGACUAGGAUGAUUGCAAUGUGAAGCAUCUUUUCAGGAGUAGAUUUUGAGUGAAAAGUCUGGCAGCUAUAAAUAUUACUGAAUGGGAUUUGGAAAUUGGAUGCAAAUGUGCUAACAAAGUUAAGCAGGUUUUCUGUCA